UCAUUUUAUAACCCCAAACACGUCAGUGGAGUUGGUGAACGGUCGAAGCCGCCUGAGAGGGAUCGAUAAAGCUAUGCUGAGCAUUAAUUCAGAACAGUGAAAGUCUCAUACGUCUAAAUCAGCUACCGCGGGACAGCAGAGAGGAGUUUCUGGUCCGAUAUGGAGGAGAAGAAGGAGAAGAAGGAGGAGAGAGAGGCAGAGAUCCAGGAACACGGCCCCGAGCACUGGUUCUCCAGCUGGGAGAGGCAGUGCCUGGCCGAGGCUGAGCAAGCCGAGCCCGGCGAAGAGGAAGUCGACCAGACCCGGGAAAAACUGUGGCACCUUUUCCAGAACUCAGCCACGGCCGUGGCGCAACUGUAUAAAGAUCGAGUUUGCCAUCAACAAGGAUUGUCGCUGUGGGUGCCCUUUCAGAAUGCUGCCACUACAGUGACCAAUCUCUACAAAGAGAGUGUUGACGCACACCACAGAAGCUAUGAUCUAGGAAUUCAAACUGGCCACCAGAGGCGCAAUAAGGAUGUUCUGGCUUGGGUCAAAAAGCGAAGGAGGACCAUCCGAAGGGAGGAUUUGAUAAGCUUCCUGUGUGGCAAAGCGCCACCGCUGAGGAUUUCGAGAGCAGCACCCAGACUGUCUCCCAACCGGCCGCCUUCAUCAGACACGGUUUCGUCUGUAGAAACUGAUUUACAGCCCUUCCGCGAAGCCAUAGCGCUGCACGGCCUGAGUGGAGCGAUGGCUGGCAUCAGUGUGCGUUCCAGCACCCCCGGCUCCCCCACCCACAACAGUAGCAGCUCCAAUCCCGGCCGCAGGAGAAGCGGCUUUCACGACGUGGACUUGAACACUUUCAUAUCGGAGGAGAUGGCGCUACACCUGGACAAUGGCGGGAACAGAAAGCGGACAUCAGCCCAGUGCACUGAUGUCAUCACAGACUCGCCAACCCAUAAACGCAACAGAAUGAUCUGAGCCUGGUCAGCAAUCGCAAAAUGCACUAUGCUGCUUGAAAAUAAAAGCCACUUAAUCCUCAAUACCUUUAUUUUCCCCUCUUGAAAGGAAGCAAGGGCCAUCGAACAUCUCACACCUGUGAGCUCCAAUAAUGAUUGCCAUAAGGCGGACCACCGUAGUACCUUUUCUGUUAUCAGCUUACUUUUACCACGUUUUGCCACAAGGUGGAGUCAGAGCCACAAAGGAAACAAAAGGAAUACUUCACACAAAAAUGCUCCGUCGGGUCAUGAAAGCAGUUGAUGACCCGUUUGCUUAGUCCCGUUAACUGGCAACUGGCUACUGGCUGUUGGCACAUUAUCAGCAUUUUUGAGUGAUGUAUUAUAUGAUACAUAUUAUAUGUAUAUACACGUAUUAUACAGUGUCCUUUAGACAAUAAUGGAAAGGCACUGUGACGCCAAUCACAAUGUUAAAGGAAUAGCAUUUUCAACCCAAUCCAGAUCUGGACCUUGAAUCCAGAUGCUCAGCCUGCAUUUUGGAAUCACUAGUAGGCCUGAUUCUAGGUGGCCAAUCAAUUACAGUUCAAUUAAAAGAGAAUUCUAAUCAUUUUUCAACAUUGCUGAAAAAAACAGUGGUUGAGAUGUAAACAGAGAUUCAGAGUGGUUUGGUGUGAAAUGGUUCAGAUGUCUUUACAGUGGUGGUGAUAGGAACCAGGCGUCGCCAUGACUACAACACAGAUAUAGACAAUUUAUUUACUAUCCAGAACCACCUACAUGAGUCUUCUGAGCAUUUAUAUGAUGUAAAUCUGAGCUCUGCAUGCACCUCUUCACCAUGAACCUUCUCAAAAGUACCAUAAAACAAUGCCUCAGACAUCAGGCAGUGAAUUCAUGACCAUUUCAUGUAGUAACUUUCUGUGAGGGAGCUUUUAGAGGUGGACGUCUGGUUCCUAUCACCACCACUGUGAACAGUUCUGACUCGGUAGGUUUCUCUAGAACAGAGCGUUUCACACCAAACCACUCUGGAUGAACUUGUUUACGUUUUAACUAUUUGAUUAUGCAGAAGGUUAAAAAAUAGCUGGCAGUGAUUACAAAAUCCAAGACUGGGAAGUGGAUUCAGGGUCUGGGUUUAAAGACCGCUGGCCUACUUGCUGUCCGCCACAUCUGUAGCAGAAGGUUAACUACCACAGGCAGUAUUUCCUCGUGCUUAAAGAACUGUUAAGCAUGGGGCGCACAUCAGAAUUGUUUGUGGUAAUCAGUCAUAUGUUACAGAUACAGGAGACAGAGAUCAGCCUAAAAACGUUGGGUUGUUCCUUUAAUAUUUGGACUGUGGUUUCUAAUUCCAGUCCUGGUCUGUCCAUGUCCUGCAUUGUAAUGCUUUUUCUUCUGUAUCAAUCCUUGUUAAGCUUUGUAAUUACCUUACGGGCUCGUUUCUGAGACCAGGGGGGUAUUCCACAUAGCAGGAUUUCUCAGUUUAGCUAGAUAAUUUAAACCCAAAGUCAAGCCUGUCCAAUAGGAAAAGAGCUAAGGGGCAUUCCCAUUGGACAGUCCUCAUCUUUGGGCUUAAGUUAUCUGGCUAACUAAGAAGUCCUGCUUUGUGGAAUACCCCCCUGGACUAAACUUAAGCUUAAAUCUAGGCUAAACUGCGCAUAUACAUAUAAAAUUUACAUAAACACACAUUUUUUUAACGUGCCAUCGCACAGGUUAGACAGACAUAUACAUUUGCAAUGACCAUUUGGGUCGCUAAGCCAUUUAAUCUUGUGACCACAAUAAUAGAAACAUGCGGUUCAGCACCAAAACAGCUGGUUGUUGCUUUGGAAAAGGAAAUAUUUUUUUUUAAAAAAACUAUCUUGGUUAUUUCAUUAGGUUCUGUUUAGCUACUGCAGUGGUAGCCUUGGAGUAACACCACCUUAUUUUAUUUAAGACCUUGUUUCAUAGAGUGAAAUCAGCAAACUUUAGCCAAUGGGACAUCAUCUGUGACUGCAGGUGGACCAGCUCAGCAGGAGGGACCACCAUGGUCAUCACAGCGUCACAUCAGCUAACACAGUGUUAACGAUUAAUUUGACAAAAUCAAAUUUGAUGCAUUUAGUUUCAUGUUUGACCGAUCAGGUUUGUUAAAGGCGAAAAGUAAUGCGAAAACAAACUCCGAGGCAAGUGGCCACUCGGGCUACAGACGGACGGUCAGUAGGCACUGUCUAGUCCUGGCAUUGCAGUUUAGUCCAAGAUGAGGCUUAAUCCAUGUCCACCAAACCUGCCCAGUGAGUUUAGCUGGGUUUGGUAGGCUGGCCAGAACUGUGCUUCCCCAAGACUGGAAUUUAGACCCACUGAAACAGCAGACGUUGACUGUUUUGUCGACGACUGAAUUGGCUGAUUAUGACAGUAUUUCCACUUCAUCAGGUAGCGUGUGGGUGGACCUCAUUCUCCACGCAGAGCUCUCGACUCCUGGCCUUUGAACCAGGUCUGCUCUAACGUACAAAUGCCACUUUAAUAUAUUCAUCGUUUUUGCCUUCGUUCUCGUAUCAUGGCAGUUCUGUUCUGUUGAUCCGAACAGUAAUGGACAGAGUGCGAAGUCUUAUUUUGAAGCUGCUGUGGAUUUAAACGUGUGUGGACUUGAAGCAAAGAUCUUGCACCACUAAUACCAUUGAGGCGUCUCGGAGAGCGAUAAGAGGAACGCAAGUUUAGUGCAAUUAUUGACUUUUAAAGGGCAUGGCUGGAAGUCAGUGGCUCAGAACCAGGUGUAAAUAGUGCACACGGGGUUUAGGAAGGGCCGUGUCAUCAGAGGAACCCGAUGAUGGUGAUAAGAAACCUACUUUGGCUUGAAAUUGAAGUGUCCUUUUACACGUGUGCCGCUCCGAAGCCUCGCCGGACUGCAUGUUCCCACCGUGGCGCUACGACGGUGUAGACGACCACCUGAGAUCAUUGCCUAUCUUAAGAUUUCACCACAGUCCUUUGGUUCUUAAGGGUCAUUGGAAAUUUCUUUAUACCACUCAAGUUGACAAAGUUUUUCGUGGAUUAGAGUUUUGAGAGAAAAACAUUUAGGUGUUCCUGUGACACAUUGUGAAACAAAAAAAAAGAGUAAAACCGAUUAGUUUCAUUAAAAAUUAAUAGGAAAAAUUUGUUGGUGUUUAAAUAAAAGAGUAGCAUUUAAAGUUCAUUAUUUAUGUUAAUAUGAAGUUGUGUUGAUUUGCUUUGACCCCACAUGAAGUUCUGUGUGCGGAUGUGGUUUGAUCCAUCGCUACUGUUUUCCUCUUCUUUCUUCUUCUUCUAUGGAUUUUUUUUCUUUCUGUUGUAUCAUGAAACGUUUCAGAACACUACCGUACCUGUACAGGUUAUGUAGGAUCCAGUAACCUUUUUUUUUUUUUUCCUUUGUUUUUUUUUCAUCUCAACACGGCAAUAAUUUAGUUGUCCAUCUCGGUUGCGGUUUGUAUUGCAGUUCUGGAUUAAUUUUGUCAGUCAUACAGACAGAAAUGUGAAGUUUACAGCGCUCUGCCACAGACCUGUGAUAAAUUAUUUGCUGAAAUAAAGCUAAGAUUAUUCUGA